UAACACGUUAUUUUUGCUAUCAACUCUGGUUUUUGUUUAGAAAAAAAUGACCAUAUGAUUCAAGGAUCAAUUCAAGCAAAAAAUAUUUGCUGUGAAGCAGCAAUAGAAGGAAUAAGGAAUCAAAUUCAUCUCCUCUCCAAGGGUGAUUUCCGAUGGAGCAUAUCUACUAGUUAACGAAUCAUGUUGUACCUAACGUAGAGAGCACAAAAGAAGAAAAAUAUACAGACUUAGGAAAAAAAAGUGAAGUGCAAAAGUCAACAGAAAAAGAGUGGAUAGUGAUUUAGUGUGUAGAAACAAAUUGCGAGAAAAUAGUGCAAAAUGACCCACGGUCCACCGGCCUCCAGAAAGCGGCCAGCUGCUCAGAAUGGUGGCGGAAAUGGCGUUGAUCCGGAAGGGCAGCACAAUCCACAGACCCAGACCCAGAUGGAAGAAAGUGGGCUUCCCACACCCCCGGAUGGUGGCUGGGGAUGGAUGGUUGUGCUCGCUUCCUUCUGCAUACAUAUCGUCACCGACGGUCUCACCUACUCGUUCGGAAUCUUCUACGUCGAGUUCCUCGAUUACUUCAAGGAGGGCAAAGGCUACACGGCAUGGAUUGCAUCAAUCUUGGUCGGAGUGACGUUGUGUUCCGUUCUGGGUGCAUUAUCAUGGAAGAUGAAACGUAUGUGUAAUGGGACUAUAAAACCCUUCCUGGGAAAGGACAAGGAUAUUCCCGAAACGGAGAAGGCCAUUUUCACCAAAGUGGCAUUGAAGUUUCACAAACGGAAAGGUCUCAGGCUCUAA